AUGGCCCCUUCGGCGACCAAUACCGAGUGGGAUCACCAGUACAACACCCUCCGCCGUGAGAACCUUUUUCGCAACCCCCCAAAAGAUCAUACAGCCUACCCUGCCCUCCAAGAGGCCGUCAGCCCUCACAUCGACUCGUUCAAUGCCCUGUUCAGAACCGACGGCAAGAGCCUCCUCGCUCGUGGCCUAGAGGAUAUCGGCACCAAGACCUACCUCGACGGCGAUGACAGGGCUGGCCUCGAAGGCAAGAACCGCCUGUCCAUUCGCAUCAAGGGCGUGUCACUACAGAAGUCCCAGCUGCCCCCCUCCAACAAGUUUGCCAGGAAUCGCGAAAUCUUGCCUGCCGAAUGCAGAGAGCGCCACUGCACGUACCGAGGAAGACUUUCUGCUACCUUCGAGUACAGAAUCAACAAUGGCGAUCCCAAGGAAUUCGUUCGAGAGCUUGGUCAAGUGCCCAUCAUGGUCAAGUCCAACAGAUGCCACCUGGAGGGCAACUCGCCAGCGCAGUUGGUACAGAGAAAAGAGGAAUCCGAGGAACUUGGCGGCUAUUUCAUCGUUAACGGUAUCGAAAAAAUUAUUCGGAUGCUGCAAGUCAACCGCAGAAACUUCCCCAUGGCGAUCAACCGACCAAGUUUUCAAAAUCGUGGCCAAGGCUACACCCCCUACGGUAUCAUUCUCCGAUCCGUUCGACCCGAUGAGACAUCUCAGACCAACGUCUUGCACUACUUAAGCGACGGCAACAUGACUUUCCGCUUCUCCUGGAGAAAGAAUGAGUAUCUUGUGCCGGUCAUGAUGAUCCUGAAGGCGCUGGUGGAGACAAACGACCGCGAAAUCUUUGAGGGUCUUAUCGGUCUGUCUGGAUCCAAGUCGGCCAAGAACACCUUCUUGACGGAUCGUGUUGAGCUGCUUCUCCGGACAUACAAGUCUUAUGGUCUGUACAGCAAAACCGAGACAAGAGCCUACCUCGGUGAGAAGUUCCGCGUGGUGUUGGGCGUGCCAGACACCAUGUCCAAUUACGAUGUUGGUACAGAGUUCCUGCGCAAGAUCGUUCUUGUCCACCUUGGCAACAUUAAUGUCACCGAAAAGGAGGAUAACGACAAGUUCCGGAUGCUUCUUUUCAUGAUCAGGAAGCUGUAUGCUCUUGUGGCUGGCGAUUGCUCAGUCGACAACCCUGAUGCCGUCCAGAACCAGGAGGUACUUCUGGGCGGUUUUCUCUACGGUAUGAUUUUGAAGGAGCGCUUGGAAGAGUUCCUGACCACUGCUGUCCGUCUAUCAUUGCGAGAAUGGACCAGAAAACAUCCUGCUACGCCCUUCACAUCACAGGACUUUGCCAAGGAGUUCCCUGCCAACAUCUUCAGGCACGCCAACGAGAACAUCGGAAACGGACUGGAAUACUUUCUCUCCACUGGUAACCUUACCAGUCCAUCUGGUCUUGACCUGCAGCAAACUGCCGGUUUUACGGUUGUUGCGGAAAAGCUCAAUUUCCUUCGUUUCCUUAGUCAUUUUCGAAUGAUCCACAGAGGUGCCUUUUUCGCCGAGCUGAAGACGACGACAGUCAGAAAGCUUCUGCCCGAGUCCUGGGGCUUCAUGUGCCCGGUACACACUCCUGAUGGUUCUCCCUGUGGUUUGCUAAACCAUCUGGCCCACAAGUGCAAAAUCAUGACGGAAGCCGUCGAUGCAUCCAAGAUUCCCGGUCUCGUUGCGGAGUUAGGUGCCGUGGAGACGUCUUCCGCCGCAACGGAUGAGAGCGUCGUCGUCAUGCUUGACGGCAGAAUCGUUGGCUUCUGCACACCUCGCGAGUCUCUUAGAAUUGCAGAUACUCUCCGCUACUGGAAGGUUGAGGGCACUCACGGUGUACCUUUGCAACUCGAGGUUGGAUAUGUCCCUCCUUCCAACGGCGGAUCUUACCCUGGUAUCUAUCUGGCGUCUGCCCCGGCGCGUAUGGUCAGACCCGUCAAAUAUCUUCCCCUUGACAAGGAGGAUUUCGUUGGUCCUCACGAGCAGCCUUACAUGUCCAUUGCCGUCGUGGAGAACGAGAUUGUGUCCGGAGAGUCAACCCACGUGGAGGUCACACCCACGAAUAUGCUUUCCAUUCUGGCCAACAUGACACCGUUCUCAGACUUCAACCAGUCCCCCAGAAACAUGUACCAGUGUCAGAUGGGUAAGCAAACUAUGGGAACACCGGCAACUGCCCUGCGGUAUCGAACAGACAACAAGAUGUACCGCUUGCAGAGCGGCCAGACGCCCGUUGUCCGAUCGCCUCUGCACAACACCUACGGAUUCGACAACUUCCCCAACGGGUUUAACGCUGUUGUGGCGGUUAUCUCGUACACCGGUUACGACAUGGACGACGCCAUGAUCCUGAAUAAGUCGGCGCACGAGAGAGGAUUCGGACACGGUACCAUUUACAAGACAAAGAAGAUCACUCUCAAGGACGAGUCAAGGACCCGAGCCGUCAAGAACAUUUCCAAGCUGUUUGGCUUUGCCCCUGGCGGCUUUGUCAAGGGGCACUAUCGCGGUCAGCUCGACGAGGACGGUCUGCCCUAUGUUGGCCGACUGGUCCAGGAAGGAGAUGUCCUCUGCGCGUGGCACACGGUAUCAGCCGACUACAGCGGCAAACUCAUCAACCUCGACGGCCAGACGCACUACGAGAAGUACAAGGAAUCCGAGACGGCUUUCGUCGAGGAGGUGCGUGUGAUUGGCAGUGAGACGGGUAACGAACCUGCCCAGACGAUCUCCAUCAAGCUCAGAGUUCCUCGAUCGCCCGUCAUUGGUGACAAGUUCUCUUCCCGUCACGGACAGAAGGGUGUUGCCUCACAGAAGUGGCCGGCCGUCGACAUGCCAUUCUCUGAGUCCGGCAUGCAGCCCGAUGUUAUCAUCAACCCUCACGCUUUUCCGUCCCGUAUGACCAUCGGCAUGUUCGUCGAGUCACUUGCUGGAAAGGCAGGAGCUCUUCAUGGAUUGGCGCAAGAUUCGACGCCGUUCAAGUUCAAUGAAGAGAACACUGCUGCCGACUACUUUGGCCACCAGCUGAUGAAGGCUGGAUACAAUUACCACGGCAACGAGCCCAUGUACUCCGGUAUCACUGGUGAAGAACUGGCGGCUGACAUUUACGUCGGCGUUGUUUACUAUCAGCGUCUGCGUCACAUGGUCAACGACAAGUACCAGGUGCGAACGACUGGACCAGUUGUCCCUACGACUGGGCAACCCAUCAAAGGUAGAAAGCGCGGUGGUGGUAUCCGUGUGGGUGAAAUGGAGCGUGAUGCGCUGCUUGCUCACGGCACGGCCUUCCUGCUGCAGGAUCGUCUGCUCAACUGCUCCGAUUACACACGAUCCUGGAUCUGCCGAACCUGUGGCUCGUUCCUCUCGGUUCAGCCGACGGUCUCGCCUUUUGUGGGUAAGAAGAAGCAGGUAACGACAGUCCGCUGCAGAAACUGCGCAACCCAGCUCGAUGCCGGCGACGCGGAGAGCGCCGCCAAGGUAGAGGGGGAGAUUUGGGAGGAUGGACAGGGCAACCAGUGGGUUGGAGGCGAGAACACCACGCUUGUCGUCGUUCCGGGUGCACUCAAGUUUUUGGAUGUAGAAUUGGCGGCUAUGGGUGUCAAGCUGAAGUAUCGCAUCGACUCUCGCGAUGCGCCUCGUAAGGGCCCCUUGAAGCCCAUGUCAUCAUUACCGUAG